GACAGUUUAGGCAUUAGGAUUGCUUGAUAAAUUGGUAGACACCACGACAGUGGGUUUAUCUAUUCUUGUUGUUCAAGUUCUAGAUUGGCUCAUAUUGUUUUCUUGAAUAGUUGUGUAGCUCAUGAUCCUAAGUAUCCCAAUGAAUCACCCUGAACCUAGCUCUUUUAAUCAUCUGAAAACCUUUUAACUAGUCUUUUAUUUUCUGUUAUAAUACCUCAAUCUUAAAACCCCCAUAUUGUUUUAGCUUAAUAUUGAUCCUAUAGAAAUAAAGUGUAACAGUUGGUCUCUGUGGAUUCGAUCCUAAAGUGCUACAUCGACAUACCAUUCGAUUGUGGUAGUGUGCACAUUAGGUUAUUUGGUGUGCGUAUACACGUAAUAUCAAUUAGCCUUUUAAAUUUUUUUUUAAGAUAAAAAAACAAAUAAAAACCCUAAUGUGUGGUUGUGCGAUAAAUAUGCUCUAAAUCCUCGAUUAAAUUAGGGCCCCAUGAGUAGGGACAAGAGUGUCUAAUAAUGUCUUGCAUUGUGUAAAUAGGCUUUGUCGGGUAAUUUUAAAUUACACCAGUUGGACAACGAGUUUAGAAGAGACAACAUCCUUGUUCUAACAAGUUGCAUUGAAUCCAUUAAAUAUAGCAGUGUCUCCGAGAAUCGAGAAGACACGCAUCGAGUUUAGAUGUGUGGUCGGAAAGAUAUCAACUACAGAUGGAAUAUAAGUUUGUGAAGCUUUGCUUAGAGAGUUAAAUAAGGAUCUUGUUGGCCACGAGCUUCUACCUUUUCUUCUUCUCCGCUGCCUACCUGCCGCAUCCUUUGGGUCAACACUUCAACCCUCAGUUCACGUGUAACUCUCUCCACUACGCGUGUGUGUGUCAACCAUGUCUCUAUAUAAAGUAUCUUUUUAAUUUAUAUUUAUAUAAAAUAUCUCUGUAUUUAUAUUGAUUAUGUUUCAUAACGUAGAUCUUGUUACAUGUAUAAAACAAUGGUUGAUAUGUGAGAUUACAACUGAAACGUUGGAAAAUCGAGUCCGGUCAACUGUCUAGCCAGAAGGAAUAUAUUAAAUCACGUUCAAAAUGAAUUAUAUUCCAUUUUAUACGGAUACACUCAUAAAGUCUUUAGUAUAGUACUUGCUUACCGGCCUUCUUACAACCUUCCUUCUAAGUAUAGCGAGCUCAAGUGAUCUUAAAUCCAGCUCAUCCAUAUCUAUUCACGUGCCAUGCAAAAAUGAUCCCUAUAAAGAACACUCAUGACAUUGUAAUUAUUAUACCAUCGACCCAUAUAAGUUAAGCUCACAUAUAGAACAACUCUGGCAUCAGUUCCUAGAUUCACCAUGGAGGCUAACAACAAACUGAUCCUCAUGUUACUCAUCAUCUCUGUGCUUCCUCACAUCAUCUUUUCUUCGGCAACCUCCUCGUCAGCAAAAGAGUACGACACGAAGGCAUACGUGGACUCGUGGUGCCGGACAACCUUAUACCCGAACCUGUGCGUCCGUUCGUUGUCUCGUUAUGUGCGUUCACGGGCUAUGCAAAAUCCUAGAGACCUGGCGCGAUUCGCCCUCAAAGCAAGCCUAUACCGAGCCAAGUACACAAAGGCGUUCUUGCUAAAAGAAGUGGCGAAACUGGAGAGGGUGAAGCCCCAAUACUACGCGUUGGUUCAGGACUGUUUGACUCAGAUCAGAGACAGCGUGAACCAGCUGAGCCUAGCAAUAGCGGAGCUGGACAGGGUGAACAGGAGAGGAGGAAAGAGCCAAGUAAAUCUGGAGUGGCACAUAAACAACCUGCAGACGUGGACAAGCACAGCUCUGACAGACGCGGAGACAUGCGUGAGUCAGUUCCCGGGGCGGAGGAUGAGCAAGUUGAAGGCUACGAUUAAAGGAAAAGUGAAGAACGUGGAGGAAACAACAAGCAAUGCCCUCGCCUUCAUCGAGCACUACGCUGCUGCUAGGUACAGAGCCAGACGCCCCUGAACGUUACCAACUUGUCUUCUGAUCACAUAAUUUAUAUGAUGCGAUAAUGUGCUGUGUUGCUACUUCUUGAUCUCCUCGUAAUUAAUUAUACGGAUGUUCUCUGUUUGAUUACCAAAAAAAAAAUAUAUAUUUGAAAUAUGUAACCCAGUUGUGUAAAUUCAAAACGUUCAUAGUGCAUAGCAUAAAAGUUGGGUUGUAAUCCCCAAAAUACUAAGAAAAAAUUAAAAUAUUAUUAUAGAAAAACAAUAGCAAAGCCCGUCUAGCUCAGUUGGUAGAGCGCAAGGCUCUUAACCUUGUGGUCGUGGGUUCGAGCCCCACGGUGGGCGAUUAUUUUAUGAUUUUUUUCUUAAAUGGGCUUUUUGGUUAAAUAAUGGGGUUACUAGGCUAUCAAUCUAAAGAAGACCCAUUUGUACAAAUAUUGUUUUACCAAACCGGGCCCGGUUACUAUGGUUGCUCUCUCACUACAAAGUACAAACAAAUACACCGUCACCGCCUUCAUUUUCUUGCUUUCUACUCUCAGCUAUCAUCGUUGAUCCGCGAAUUGAUAGUAAAAUUGGAAAGAUGGAUUCGAUCCUUACGGUGGGCAUCGCAUCUGUUGUUUUGGGUGCGUUGAUAGCGGUCGUCUUCUUCAGUAGCUACUUGAGGAAGCGGACAUCGGAGGUGGAUUCGAUGGCGAAAGCGGAGCCUCAGGAUCCGAUCCGGAUUCCGAAAUCGAAUCCCAAGAAGAGUCAUCCCAAAUCUCACGCGACCGACAAGGUAAA